ACACAACCAAAGCAAGAUAAACGUUCACCGGCAAUGGCGCCUUCCCUGUUCGGUACAGUCUCCGUCGUCACGCUCCUGCUGCUGGUUUCCGCUGCCCAGUGCUACGAUGGUCGCCACGCCGUCACCAUGGCGCGCCGGUCCCGCCCGGGGAGCCGGAACGUGGUGCACCACCGCCGGAACACCGUGCCGCACCGGUACAUCCUCGCGGAGAAGAGCAACACGACCGGUGGCGCCGGCGCGAACCAGAGGAACAGCACCUCGCCGCCGGCGUCCAACGCGACCGCGCCUUCGACGGCGCCGCCGCAGCAGCAGCAGCAGGGCGGCAGGCGGCACCGCAGCCACAAGCACCGGGUGCGCAACUGGAUCAUCGGCUUCGUGGUGGGCUCCCUGGCCGGCGUGAUCUCCGGCCUCGGCCUGUCGGUGCUGUUCCGGCUGGCGCUGAACUGCAUCCGCGGCCGGCACCGGCGGAGCAAGUCCGGCACGGUGAUCUACACGCCGAAGCUGAUCAAGCGCGCGGACCAGCUGGCGUUCCUGGAGAAGGAGGACUCGCUGUCGUCGCUGGAGGUGAUCGGGAGCGGCGGGUGCGGGGAGGUGUUCAAGGCGCAGCUCCCCGUGGCGCGGGAGGGGGACGAGCCGCGGUUCAUCGCCAUCAAGAAGAUCAAGAAGCAGGUGGGCGACGGGCCCGGGAAGCCGAACCAGAACCUGAGCGACGAGGAGAGCCGGCAGCUGGACAGGUGGUCGCGGCAGAUCCAGUCGGAGAUCCGCACCGUCGGCCACAUCCGGCACCGCAACCUGCUGCCGCUGGCGGCGCACGUGCCGCGCCCCGACUGCCACUACCUCGUCUACGAGUACAUGAAGAACGGCAGCCUCUACAACGCCAUCAAGAAGCAGGAGGAGGUACCCGCCGUCGACGGCAACGAGGAGAACAAGGUGACGCUGUCCUGGCCGGAGCGGCUGCGCGUGGCGGUGGGCAUCGCGUCCGGCCUCGAGUACCUGCACGAGUCGCACCACCCGCAGAUCAUCCACCGGGACCUGAAGCCGGCCAACAUCCUGCUCGACGACGACCUGGAGGCGCGCAUCGCGGACUUCGGGCUGGCCAAGGCGAUGCCCGACGCGCAGACGCACGCGUCCACCUCGCACCUGGCCGGCACCUGGGGCUACAUCGCGCCGGAGUACCACCAGACGCUCAAGUUCACGGCCAAGUGCGACGUGUACAGCUUCGGGGUGAUCCUGGCGGUGCUGGCCACGGGGAAGGAUCCGUCGGACCAGUUCUUCGUGACGGAGGUGGAGGAGAUCGGGCUCGUCAAGUGGCUGCGCCGGGUGGUGCAGUGCGGCGACUACGCGGAGGCCAUCGACCCCGCGCUGGCCGGCGCCGGGCACGACGAGCAGAUCCUGCUCGUGCUGCGCAUCGCCGUCUUCUGCACCGCCGACGAGGCCAAGGAGCGGCCCGCCGCCAAGGACGUGCGAUGCAUGCUCGCCCAGAUACGACCAGCAGCUACUUAG